AUGUCUCUUCAUCAAGUAAUCGAUCUCGACAGAGAUCUACCAGAAUUAUCGACCAAAGAAGUCAAUUUCCAUCCACCAACGGGACUUUCUUGCUUAAUCGUCGGAGCUGGAGUUGGCGGCUUGACGACGGCCCUCGAAUGUCGCCGCAAAGGACAUAGGGUGCGUGUCGUUGAGAAGUCCCCAGCCCCCAGCACUGCAGGAGAUUUCUUUUCUAUUGGUCGAAACAUCAUCGCUCAUUUCUACAACCACUGGCCUGAUCUUGCCGCCGAAUGUGAGCGAAUCAACUAUUCAGGAUUGAUUGCCUAUCAUAAAAUCACAGGGGAACGUCUCUCUGGUCCGGAGCCCGUGCCAAUUGGUGAACCAACCAUGACACUGAAUGACGGAUCGGAAAGGAUCAUCCCAUUUAACAGACAUCAUCGUCCCAGAUUUGUGGCAGCACUUCUAGCUCAGGUCAAGGAUCUGGGCAUCGAUGUUGCUUUUGGAACCAAGGUUACGGAUUACUUUGAGGACUCUGAUAGACAGAGAGCAGGAAUCGUACUUGAGAGCGGGGAGAGGAUCGAGGCAGAUGUAGUUAUUGCAGCCGAUGGCAUCGGCACAAAGAGUAACAAACUCGUCAAUGGCGGUGAUACUAGGGCUUAUUCCAGCGGAAUAUCUAUUUUCAGAACCUCUUUUCCCGUGGAAUUGGCCAUAUCGGAUCAUGAAGUUCGAGAUCGAUGGCCACUACUGGACGGGGAUUUGCCUUGUCUCGAGAUCUGGGGAGGUGAUAACAUGUCCUUCUUUGUACAAAGAUACUCGGAUAUAAUGUGCUGGUUGAUGACUCAUAAGGGCGAUGGCAGGGGCAUUGAGUCCUGGAACCAAACAGUGGAUAUGUCAGAAGUCCUUAAAAUCACCUCAAAGAUACGUGGGUUCCCUGAAGUCGCUGAACGCCUGAUUAAGACAACACCAAAGGACGGUAUCAUCGACUGGGAGAUCAUGUGGCGUGAUCCCAGGGAGAACUGGAUUUCACCGGGCGGAAGAGUUGUUCAAGUAGGAGAUAGUGCACACACGUUUCUGCCUUCGUCCGGGAGUGGUGCCACACAGGCGAUGGAGGACGCUAUCUCACUCGCUACUUGCCUUCAAAUUGGUGGAAAGAGUAAUGUUCCGAUAGCAACAAAGAUUCACAACAAACUUCGAUUCGAGCGUGUUUCCUGCGUACAGCUAAGUGGCUUUAUGAAUCACCAAAAGCAGAGCAACCCAGUUGAUGAUGCAGAUAGCGAGGAUGGACCGUCUUUCAAAAUCAGCCUCGGUAACUGGAUGGUUAUGUACGACUCAGAGAAGUAUACAUACGCACACUACGGCGAAGUGCUUAAUCAUCUCUUUUCUGGGGCGCCUUUUAGAGCUAAAAACAUUCCACGGGGAUACACAUACAAGCCAUGGACGAUCAAGGAACUGCUGGAUAAGGUUGAAAGGGGCGAGAAGCUAUAUUUUGAGGGAGAUUGGUCUUGA